AAUAAAAAGGUGCGCACGCAAGUCGCGCAUGCGUAAUUGUGAAAAUCAACAUCGCAAGAGGGAGAGAUAUAUCGGACGUAGAUCUCUCUGUUCAACUUAUGGGCAGUCCCCUUCCAUGCACUAUAAGUUCUAUGGCCAUGGCCAGACCAACUGAUGUGUUAGUGAAUAAGUGAAUACGUGAAGGCCUGCCUUGACUCUGAGACUCUGACUAGAGGGAUUCUACGCACACAUAACGUUCUACGCAGUGUCCGACAAAGCAUCUCGAUCUUUGUGUAUUACUCUGUUAUAUCACGAUGGAUUCAUCAUUGCUUCUGUCGCCUUUUGUACUAUUAUUGAGUACUCUGAUCGUCAUCAGCGUUCUGAAAAUUAUCACUUUUCUGCAUUAUACAUAUUUUUACUGGAAAAAUAAGGACUUACCUUACCUGCCAAAUUCGCUAUCAUCUUUUCUUAUGGGUUGGAAAUUGGUUAUUGGUUACAUCUCUUUCCCUGAAUAUUUCCAAUAUUUGUACAACUACUUCCCUGACGCUAAAUACAUUGGAGCAGUGGAUUUCUUCAAGCCUGCCUUGAUUGUGCACGAUCCUGAGCUGAUUAAAGACAUCGUGGUAAAGGAUUUUGAACAUUUUCCGGAUCAUCGAAACUUCCUUGACGAAAAUGCAGAACCGUUGUUAAGCAAGACCGUCUUCGGUUUGCGUGGAGAUCGCUGGAGAGAAAUGAGGAAUACCUUAAGCCCCUCUUUUACAGCCAACAAAAUGAAGUUUAUGUUUGAUUUGCUAUCAAAAUGUUCUCACGAUUUUGUCGACUAUUUGGUCGACCAUCCGGAGCUUCGUCAUUCGAUCGAAACGAAGGAGGCCUUUAGACGAUACACUACCGACGUAAUUGCUACAGCAGCCUUUGGCAUAAGUGUAAAUUCUAUGAAAGAUCGAGACAAUGAAUUCUACAUAAGAGGAGUGAACAUGACUAAAUUUCCUACGGGACUACUAGGGAUGGCCAAGUUAAUGAUUUUAAUCAUGCUUCCACGGUUUGCCAAAUCAAUUGGGCUGUCUUUUAUUCCAUCGACUACGACCGAGUUUUUCAAAAAGAUCGUACAGGAAACAAUUAAAGCCCGAGAAGAACAAAAUAUUGUCAGACCGGACAUGAUCCAUUUGUUAAUGCAGUCUCGGUAUAAAGACAGUGUGCACAAAAUGUCAUUGGACGACAUAGUUUCGCAAGCUUUUAUCUUUUUCCUUGCGGGUUUUGAACCUACUGCGACCCUUAUGUGUUUCGUUGCUCACGAACUGGCGGUUAAUCAAGAUAUUCAAGAUCGUUUGCGCCUGGAAGUAGAGCAACAUCUUGCCGACGGAAACAGUGAGAUUUCUUACGAGUCGCUAUCCAAGAUGACUUACAUGGAUAUGGUAAUUUCAGAGGCUCUCAGAAAAUAUCCACCACAGCUUGUCACAGACAGACUUUGUGUAAAGAGAUACGAACUGCCUCCAUCGCAACCAGGUCGCAAGAAUGUAAUCAUCGAACCUAACAUUGCAGUGCUGUUUCCUGUUUAUAGUAUACAUCACGAUCCGAAGUAUUUUCCGAAUCCAGAUAAAUUCGAUCCCGAAAGAUUCAGCGAAGAAAACAAAGAUAACAUAUUACCCUACACUUAUCUACCAUUCGGUUUUGGGCCCAGAAAGUGUAUCGGCAAUCGGUUUGCUCUUAUGGAA